UGCUCGAGCUGCUAACCUGAUGCUAACAUGCUUUUACCGGAGCACACAGUGUGUAUAGAAGAAAAAUAGCUCCAUAUUGUAAUUAUUAAUUAUGAAAAACUAUUUCAGCAUCGCCAUUUAUACUGGCAACAUCACGGAAUCUACCAGUAGUCAUUAUUCUACUGUAAAGUUUAUUAUAUCGGCAACCGCGGGAUGUUAUUAAACAGCAACUCUUGUGUAAUAUCUGGGGUUUUGAAGAGGUCGUUGGGUAACAUAAGGGACGUUACGCUUUCUUGUCCUCCAAAUGUCACAAAAGGACGACUCUGAAAAUGACAUCUGGGAGUAUAAACCUCUUGAGAAGAAAAAGAAAAAGAGACAGAAACCACCGCCUGCAGUUACAACUGUCACUAAAAGAAGAUGUACUUUAAGAAAAACCUCCAAGAGAGACACUGUUUUCUCAGACAAGGCACCUGAAGGGACUGAAAAAGUCAAGACAGCUGAAAGUGGAGAUUUUAGUACUGGUGUUCAUGUAGACGGACAUGGCAGCUCAGAGACACAUACUGUACCCUCAAAGUUGUCUCCUGCUCAUGAGACAACCCAAAAAGAUAGUGCUGCAGAGGGACCGUCCUCUGGAGACUUUUGUCCUAUGUGUCAGAUGCCCUUUUCCAUCUUGGUCGUACAGACUCAGAGAUGGCAUGUUGCUGAGUGUCUUGACACCGCCAGGGACAAAUGCAAAGAGUGUCCAAAAGGUCUACAGUGCUCCUCCACCAUCCCAAACCAUUACAAGAAAUUCAACCACACACUCCUGGCCCAUAGUCGAGCAAACAGUGACAUGGCCCUCCUCAGUCUGUCACAGCAGGCCAAAACCACCGGGGAGACCAGCCUCAGUUGUCUCCAAGGACUGACAAACAAUGACGUGGAUGAGUCUUCUUUAGAAACUUCACAGGACAGUGUUGUCAGUUUUUCUAUCUUAUCCCCUCAAAAUAACAUCACUGGAACACCUCCGUCUAAACUUACAAAUGGACUUCUGUUUCUGCGCUCACCUGGCCCAGAGGAUUUUAAGAAAAAGAAAGGCUGGUCGUCUUCUACCAAAAGCCAGAAGGCUAUCAGUGCUUCCCAAGAAGGUAAAACAGAGUUUUCAUCUACGCCUAUUAAGGUAGAUAAUGGAGGACAAGAUUUUCUCGAAAAUGACCCUCCUCCAGAAAAGGUUGAUGAUGCCAUAUCCUACUCUCCUCUUUCUGAGUUCCCUGCAGAGACUGAAGUCAAUAAUAGCGAGUGCAGAAAAACCCUUUUUAAUUGUGAUGCAUUUGAAAAUGAGGAUGAAGAUUCAAUGCUACUGUUAGGUGACGGCUUCUCAAGUGAAGAUGAACUCCUGACUGAAUUUAUAGAUAAUUUGGAAAACAAUAACGUGUCAGUAAAGGACCUGUCUUCCUCAAACACCCAGCUGGAGUCAGUUGCCUCAUUACUGCCUGCUAAUCAGCGGGCAGCUGCUGCAGCUGGUGAAAACAGAGCUGAUUCCACAGGUGAAAAAGAAGCUUGUGGUAAAUCUACUUAUGCCAUCAAUCCCUGUAAGACCAGCAUUCAAUCUCCACAGAGUAUUGUUUUAGAGCACCUGAGAGAAAAACUUUUAAGCCCAGAUAACCUGCGUUUCAAAAAUUUGAAUGACAGUAUUCAGUCGGAGAGGCCUCACGCAAAUUCUCAUCAAGCGCCUUCAUCUCAAACCAUGCCACCACAGAAGGGCCAGAGCAAGGACGGUCAGGCCUCCAGUCUCAAGCAGACAGACAUUGGGGUGUUUUUUGGCCUCAAACCCCUCAAGGAGAAGGAGAAAGAGGCAGAGAGUGGACCAGCUGAAAUCUCUAUUCCAACAAUUAGUGAGAACUCAGGAACGAGACGACAAAGGAGAGACAGGACGAGGAGAAAUAAGGCUGACACAGCCACAGAUACCUCACGGGGGACGGAGACUGCGGAUAGCAGUGAUGUAGUGAAAGCUCAGGGAGAAGAAAGGAGAGGUUGGACCAGAGGAUGGGGACGAAGAAGGAACAGAGUGAAUGCUGAUGGAGAAGUACAAUUCCCGCGUUGUCCGUUCUACAAGAAGAUUCCAGGUACAAAGUUUGUCAUAGACGCCUUUCAUUACGGGGAGAUCGAGGGCAUCACUGCCUACUUCCUAACACAUUUCCACUCAGAUCACUACGGAGGAUUGACCAAGAACUCCACAGUUCCAAUAUACUGUAACAAAAUUACAGGGAACCUGGUGAAAAGCAAACUGAAGGUGGCAGAGCAGUAUGUCCACAUCCUCCCCAUGAACACCCAGGUCACUGUGGAGGGAAUCAAGGUCAUCCUGGUGGACGCCAACCAUUGUCCAGGAGCUGCCAUGCUGCUGUUCUCUCUGCCUGAUGGACAGACAGUCCUCCACACUGGAGACUUCAGAGCUGAUCCCUCAAUGGAAACCUACCCUGAGUUACUCAGCUGCAGGGUGCAGACGCUCUACCUGGACACCACCUACUGCAGCCCUCAGUACACCUUCCCCAGACAGCAAGAGGUCAUCAACUUUGCAGCCAGCACAGCCUUUGAACUGGUGACGCUCAACCCACGAACACUUGUGGUCUGUGGAUCCUACUCUGUGGGGAAAGAGAAAGUCUUUCUGGCACUGGCAGAAGUCCUGGGGUCUAAAGUGUGCCUCUCUAGGGACAAAUACAACACCAUGUGCUGUCUGGAGUCGGAGCAAGUCAGACAACGUAUAACCACCGACUGGAAGGCAGCCCGAGUCCAUGUGCUGCCCAUGAUGCAGCUCUCCUUCAAAAAACUGCAGGAUCACCUGGCACGGUUUUCAGAGCGCUAUGAUCAGCUGGUGGCUUUUAAACCCACUGGUUGGACCUUCAGCCAGCAGGUGGAAUCAGUGGGAGACAUUCAGCCUGAGAUCAGCGGAAACGUCUCCAUUUAUGGAAUCCCAUACAGUGAACACAGCAGCUUUCUGGAGUUGAAGCGUUUCGUCCAGUGGGUCCAACCUCUCAAGAUCAUUCCUACAGUCAACAAUGGCAGCUGGGCCAGCAGGAAGGCUAUGGAGAAGUGUUUCAGUGAGUGGCUCAUGGAAACUAAAGCUAAACUGUAGCUUAUUUACCAGAACACUGUUGAACUGUGAACUCUGCUGCUCGUUGGUAACGAAAGCUAUUUUUCAUUACUUGAAAUGCCGUAUGAGCAUGGGGAACAAAUUUAUCUUAACACUAUCUUUUAUUAUUUGCAUUGAAGUUGCUUGCCUCUGACAGCUGAGCUUGUAACAAAAGCACAUCAACACUGAUAAAAGGGGUAUAAAGGUUUUGCUUUUAUCCACAAUGGGCUGAAUUAAAUUAACUGACAACUUUGGAAGCGGUUUUGUGUGAACAAGAUCUGAGGCCCUACAUGUAUCAUCAGCCACAGUUAGACCCCUGUCACCCAGAAGUAUUUUACAUUGGAACUGAUUUAAUUGGAUGUGUGCGGCUGCUGCCUGCUGUGGCCACUACCAAUUAUACCACUGUUUGUCACCAAGAUGUGAGUGCUGCUUUGAAACUGUGCAAAUUCCUAUUUCCUAAUGUCCGUAUUUUUUUUUUUUUUUUUUUUGUACGUAAUUAAAAUUUUUAUGCUGGAAAAAAUAAAUGUUUUAAAUGUUCUUAACAAUUUUGCCCCUUUUUUUAAUUUUUUUUUUAAUUUUUAUUUUUUAUAAGCAGCAUUAACUUGCACAUCAAGAAAACAUUGUACAUGAGAUUCAAGUUUUUCUUGAAAAAUUUGCAAACUUGGCACAAGGGGUUUUCAAGGCUUCAUUAUCUGGAUUUCCACUGUCCAUCAAAUGACAUCUCUACUAUUCAUAUCAUGCUAACGGAUGGGUUUGUGCUGCAUCAUCAGUACCGCUUCUGGCAAAUAUAGUACUAAGGAGGAAUGCCACUCUUUUUAUAGUAGCUUUUAAAAAUGUAAACUUGUUUUAAGGGGGUGGUAUCAGAUCUGUCAGUAGUGUAUCUCAGACACCAGAGACGUGUCACACACACACACACACACACACACACACACACACACACACACACACACACACACACACAGAGAGCGCUUGUGAAUGUCGCUCUCUGUAAAUGAGGCUUUUUUUCACCGAGUCCCUGCGUGAGUUCUCCUUUCAUGUAGAAAAUCUUUUCUCAUCUGCCUGAGUUGCGUUUUCAGUCGUCAGGGGCCAGAGUGAGGAAAUUGUUGGUCCUAAAAAUUGAAAAGAUUCUACAUGUUGAAAAUGUUUGUACUGUAGAUUCCUGUAAUGUAUAUAGUCCACUAUAUUUUAACCUACUAACAAAUUAAUUUUCACGUCAUACCGGCAAAGAGAUCAUGAAGAGAGGCCUGGCAUAUUUUUGUUCACCAAAGCUUCUUGUAAGCUUCCAACACGUUAUUUCUUUCGUGCAGUGUUGAUGAUAAAAGUUGCGCAGGAUAUUGGUUUUUGUUACAAUGCGUCUCACCCACUUUAGUAGGUGACUGAUAUAAUAACCACUCUAUUACUAUGUGCUCUCAGUAAGUGACUCUCAGUAAGCCAUGUCUAAUAAUAGUUUCAUUUAGUAUUCUUCUAGGCAUGAAUGAAAUGUAUUAAGUCUUGCCAAACUGAAAUUGAAUUGACUGGAGCGCUUGUUGAAAUGCCUUUCUAUUUCAGUUAGUAGUCUCAUGUAUUGAUGUCUGAUUUUAGAAAAGAAUUGCGUCCACAAAUAAUGAGUCUGCCAUAUGAAUAACAAAAAGGUUAUUAGUGGUAUUAUCCUGUAUUAAGAGAUGAAGAAGGAUGACAUAAAAAAGGAAGCUGGAUGUUAAGGUUCCUUCACCUCUGAACAUUCACCCUGCUGAGCAUGAUGCUGAAUUCAUGCCAACUUUUUAUACGUAGAUACCCUUUGUCCCUUACUGUAUGCUUCGGUUACAACGAAUGAACUGGUGAUAUUUUGAAAUAUAAGAGGGUUUUAUGAAACUGGUCAAAAAUGCUGUGUGUAAGAAUGUGUUCAGGUGUCUUUUUAUUAACACAAGUUACCACAAAGAUUUAAAAAAUAAAUAAAAAUGACAGAUGAUAAACCUUAAGUUUGUUAUGUGUAGUCUAGAGUGCAGAUUUAACUUAACUUUAUUGAUUUUUGGAGGUCAAGCAACUGGAAAUAAUCAAUUUGUUACAAUUCCAGUGAAUUAUGUCAUUUUACUGCAUAAACUCGGCAGCCUGUUUUAUGUACAGUGUAUUUUACAUUCCUCAUACCCAGUUAAACUUAGUAAAGAAAUACAAAAGGUCAGUGUGCUUAACAAAUCAAAUUUAUACAUAAUCAUUUUACAAAUAAAACAUUUUUUCCCAGUAUAACCUGCCUUUGCAACACCCUUGCAAAGUAUGCAUGUAUUUAUAAUGGAGUGUAUUUAUAAUACAGCACAGCUCGAAUAUCACAGUUUAAGAAUGGACUUGAAAAACAAAGGUCCUGACUAAUUUCUCAUAUCUAUUGAAUGUUAAAACUUGAAACAUUCACCGUGGAAAGGCUGAUGCGACAUCAUGAGUAAAGGACUCCUCUCAAUAUUAACAGUAUCUGGUAAUAUUAUGUGAUGUUAGUUUAUAAGCGUGCUUUGUCCUUGUCACUAGAUGUCUUAUUGUCUUAGUUCAGGAGUGGCAUUAAUCAAUCGACAUAAUUUAAAGUGGAAAACCAUUUUCCCAAGUCAUGUUAAGAUUACAAUUGUUAUUCAAAUCAGAGAGAAAUAGGUGAAACACAGCCUGAGGAGCAACACCAUUCUGUCUACCCAUCAGUUCACAAGAGUCUGCCUGAGGUGUGGGCGACACUAAACACUGGUCUCUACAUCUCUUGUAAUUUGUCCACCCCUAAUUACUGUCGGGAGGUAUUCAUAAGAUAAAUAAGAAGUAAAGUUAAAAAUCCUGAUGUAUGGAGUUCUUUUUUUCAUAUAAACAAAUACUAACAGCAUGUACAUAGAGACAUUUUAACAUGCAGUGUUUACCAGUCUAUGUGUGCUCUAAAAAUGUCAUUAGGUGUCAUUAGCUGGAAAUGGCCUACAAAGAAAUGUAAUCGCGUGCCGCAAACUGGAAAUGAAUCAGCAUUGCUGGGUGCAGCUCACAUGUUCUUCCUCAAGCUAAGACACACAUAGAUAUGAAUAAAAAGUGGUUUACUAUAGUGGGAUCAUAAAUGUUAGAGCGCAUCCUUGCUUAUGUAUAACUUAAUCUUUAUGUUCUUUAAUACAAUUAUGAUCACUGUUGCUUCCUGUCAUCUCAGAUUAAAGUUAAUUAUUAAAAAUAGCUUCCCUGUAGAGGUCACAUCGGAGUGAGAGUUGGUCCCUACCCCCUUUUCCUCAAGAGGCUCUUUCCUUUUGCCAGGCUGCCAUUGUAUAUAAGAAUUUGUUGCUAAUGUCUUGCCUGGGUAAAUAAAGGUAAAAUAAUGUAAAAAAAAAAAAUCAGAAACCUUUGCUGUCAGGGGAUUUACAAGUUGUCUGACAUUUUUCCACUACAUGCCGUGCACUGUUUGAGUUUUGUCUCGCAUACUCUUUUGUCCUGGGUACAGAAGCUUGUGUCAUGAAUAUCCCCUUCUUGGCACCGUAGUGGUAUGAGGAAAUGUUUCGGUGAAACUAUUCGUUUCCCUCUGAAUACAAUUUUUUAUUUAUUUUUUUCUUCUUUUUUUUUAAUUGACUUUCAGACUCAAACAUUUCCAUCAGAUAUAUGUCAGAUACUGUGUGUGUGUAUAUAUAAUAAAUUCAUGUUUGCCACAAGUUUCAAAAUAGGCUAGUACUUAUCAAAGGUGUACACAUAUAGAAAGAAAAAACAAAGGGAGAUGCUGUACAAGUAUAAGUGGUCGUUUCUUUACAACAUAAUCAAUGAUUUGUGAAAAUAAGACUGCUUUCCUAGUGUGAAGCAGAUAACAUUAAUUUCCAUGUAAAUGUCCAUUCAUGCAUUUAAAGCUGGGCGCUCCUGUGAUAACAA